CUAACGAGGCCUGCCUAAUGGAAUCAACACAACACACUAAUUUAUCAGUGGUACACAUGUGUACAGAUGAAUCAAUCAGCGGUGCACAAGGAGUGUUUCUUGACGGAUUCGUACCUGGCAACACAAACAUCAUCUGUAACUGCUCACUUCAGGCAACAACAACACUUCAGAUUGGUAUUAGUCCGGUUUCAAUUCCUGAGAAAAUGUGUGAAUCACAAUUAACUAUACAGCUAAUUCAACAACAAUGGACAUUGACAUAUAAUUGCAGAAAUAGUGGGAAUAUAACAACGUUAGGGAGAAAUAUUGAUGAGAAAGGGUACUCGAUUACUUUGCAAACUAGUGCGACAAACAGCGUGGAUAUCACUUACUGCAUCAACUUCUACAUUAAAGCUGGUACAGGUAGUUUGAGUCUUCAGUGUUAUUCGUCAGGAGACACAACCACAGUCCCGACGCAAUCAACAAAAGCAUCGAGUUCGAUGUCGACACAAUCGACAAAAGCAUCGAGUUCGAUGUCGACACAAUCGGCAAAAGCAUCGAGUUCGAUGUCGACACAAUCGACAAAAGCAUCGAGUUUGAUACUGACACAAUCAUCAGAAUCAACGACAAAGGUUUUGACAAUUCUCACGCCGAAAACGAAUUUACCAUUAAGUCAAGGAGCUUUUCCAGUUGCAGCUGUAGCGGGAGGAGUCGGCGCUGUGGUGCUCAUUGUCGUGGUAGUCUUGAUCAUUGUCGUGUUUGUUAAAAGGAAGAGACGCAGCAAACACGAUCCUAAUUCAGACAACGAUGGAGGUUACUGUAACAUGGACUCGGAUCCGUACAAAUACAAGAACACCAAGUCAUCUGGGAAACAUCCAGGAGUUUCAGCAGACCAAACCCAGACUGGCAGCCAGACGAUUCGCUCACCAUCAGACGACUAUGCGUCUAUUGAUGAUGAAGCUGGCGGUGUUACCUACAAACCGCAGGUCGCCCUAAAGCCAAAGCCACCUAGCACAAGUAACCAUGGUGACUUCCAUCCACAACCUGACCACGAUGACGUGUCAGACAUGUACGCUGAGGUUAACAAAAACAAGAAACCGGCCAAAUCCACGAAUGAAGCCGCCAUGCCAGUUAUGCACGUCAAUGAGCUCUAUGCUGUGGUUGACAAAACUAAAAAGGGGAAACAACCUUUGAAAGCUAAACUGUCUAGUGAACUGUACGCCGUGGUAAACAAAAAGAAGAAGUCAGGCGGGAUGGGUUCUGAAUCUAAAGGUCAAGGUCCCGAGUCUGAGGUAACUGGUGAUGUCUACACUGAAGUUCGGAAACCGAAGAAGUCUGGGAAUAAGCCGAACAUCCCUAAAGGUUCACCUGGACUCAUUUAUACUGAGGUGGAGUUUGACGAAAACCAAGACGAACCAAAGGGUGCCACAGGAGGGGAUGAAAAUACAGACUCGGUUGCAACAGAGGAGGAUCGUGUUCUGUAUUCUAAAGUGUGUUAAAUAGUUCUGUGUAGAUCGUUGGAUAGGGAAAUGGGUAGGGACACAGUGGGUACUAUUAGCCUAUGUCAGUACACUUAAACAGACAUUUUCUAAGCACUGUGUCUGACUCACCGUUUCCAUUAUUUCGUGUUCAUAAUGGGCCUUUUGUGCCAUUAUAUUUCACAUAUGUAUCACACCACCUUCUCCCCACCCUUUUGUUUGUCACAGGUUUGAUGCAAUUAUAUAACUGUUCUGUGAUCUUCUAACAAUCUCAUCGUCCAACCUCCAUCAUUCCAAGGUCAAUAUUAUUCUAGUCACAACAAGUUAAGAGACAAUAUCAAAUUUGUCCUUAUUUAAAAAAUAAAUAAAUAAUAAAACAAAUUCAGGGGCGGUGAUAGGUAAGGACAGUUAGGUUGCAGACGUGGAAAAGCAUUUCAGAUUGCAUUUACACGAGCCUUUUACUCACAGCUUGUUUUGUUUUUUUAUGUUUAUUUUGUCGGAAGAAAGCGUGUGGCAAAUGCGUAAAACAUCCAGGACUGUUUGACGUUUCGAAACAUUUUCUGCUGACUAUUCAGGUCAUAACCUGCCUGAAAACGGCAUGAUGUACGUGGAAUUCCAUAUUUAUGUUAACACGUUUCAUGUUUGAUUAGUUUCGAAGGGUAUAAAUUCCUUUGCAAUCUGGCUUUGGAUAUCCAUGCCAUCAAGACAUAAACUGAGCAUUCUGGACUGUGGCUGAGCACUGCUGUGGCUGAACGAUAGCAUAUCCAAUGAGACAAGUAUCGUUCUGACACAGAUCAUCCCCACCUCAGAUGCAGUGUCCAUGUGGCCCUUAUCUUCUUGUAACUAGUAUAAUAUUAAGGCUAGCUUUACAAGUUCUAUGUGUAGCCUUCCUGAUGAUCGGUGAGAUCCGUGUACAUGUUUCUGUUUGGAACUGAGGCGGGAUGUAGCCCAGUGGUAAAUCGCUCGCUUGAUCUGCGGUCGGUAUAGGAUCGAUACUCGUCGGUGGACCCAUUUGGCUAUUUCUCAUUCCAACCAGUGCACCACGACUGGUAU